GUUUUUAACUUAACCAUGGUUAACCCGAACAACUACGGGUUAAAAAUGCAGUUUAUAAUGAAGAGAACCGCCCCUCCUCUUGGAAUCAUUGAACGAUGCCCAAAAAUGAUGAUCGGAGAAGCAACACGACCAACUCCCACCGUCAAAAUACCCUCAUGGGACCCGUUCAACGAUAUUACGUCUAGUAUUUCCUCCGUUAACUAUAACUGCAAUGCACCGUCCAGCCCUUGCCCCGUCGACUACCUCUCCGCCCUCCAACGUUACCUUCCGUCGAACAACUUCGACUCAGAUUCGCUUAGUGAGGAGUCGGAUAUACCCAUCGAUGCAUUCUCGUGUGACCAUUUCCGGAUGUAUGAAUUCAAGGUGAGGAGGUGCGCUCGUGGAAGGUCACAUGACUGGACUGAGUGUCCGUACGCCCACCCGGGAGAGAAGGCCCGACGGAGAGAUCCGAGGAAGUUUCAUUAUUCUGGAACGGCCUGCCCUGAUUUCCGAAAAGGAAUCUGCAAGAAAGGCGAUUCGUGUGAGUUCGCUCAUGGUGUUUUCGAGUGUUGGCUCCACCCGGCCCGUUACCGUACCCAGCCAUGCAAAGACGGUACCAGUUGUAAACGAAGGGUCUGUUUUUUCGCUCACACGCCGGAGCAACUCCGACUCUUGCCCCAGCAGAGUCCGAGGGGGAAUGGGUCCGGUUCAGGUGAGAUAGAUUACGUCUGUUCACCUGUACGUUACCGUUUAGACUUGGUUUCUUCACCCACUUCCAUUUUGGCAUCACCUCCGUUAUCCCCACCAUCCGAUUCACCCCCCAUGUCGCCAAGUGGCUCGUUUUUCUCUGCGAGCGAGCUCGCUGCUUCCAUGCGUAGCAUGCAACUCGGUAAGGCUAAAAUGAGCGGCGCUUGUUCUUGGGGCUUGGGUUACGGUUUACCUAGGGGAUCCACUCUCCGACCCGGAUUUUGCAGGUCUCCGUCAGCCCCGACCCGGUCUGGGUUAGGCCAGUUUGAUCUAUGGGAAUGUAACUAUUCGGAAGAAGAACCGGCCAUGGAGAGAGUGGAGUCCGGAAGAGACUUGAGGGCUAGGAUGUACGCAAAGCUGAGCAAAGAAAAUUCCCUUGAUGGACCCGAAUCUAUCGGGUUGGAUCCUGAUCUUGACUGGGUAUCCGAAUUGGUAAAGUGAGUGGAUACCGGGAAAAAUUCAGUUUUCUGUUUGGAUUUAUUUACGGGAAUUGUUUAUAUAUAAAAAUGGGUGAAGGUUCUGACUUGUGUGAAUAUUGAUGUUUCUGAUUUUCGAUCAUGUGUAAAUAGACGACGGAGAGAGGGAGAUAUGGAAAGUCUCUACUUUGUGGUGCAUUUCUGUUUUUAAUUUUGUUUCUGCUUGAGGAUGUAAGUAAUUAUCUAUCAGAGCUGCCCAAGAAUGGUAAGCCGUUUGUUUAUCGGUAUGAAAUCUCAAUUUUCUUCUUG